GCGCUGCUGCUGGGAGAGCGCAGUGCGGGCUCAGCCGAGGGGCGGCCCGGCGGGCCCCGUCUCGUGCCGGGCACCCCUCGUGUGUUUCGGGGCGAAGCGAGCACAGUUCCAAGCCGCUGUGGGGUGUUCUGCGAGACGGGACCGCCGUGCGGAUCCCCCCCGGCAGCGGGGCAGCUAAGUCACCUCUCUUCGCAGCCGGGUUCGUGAGCACGGCGCGGGUCUGUUAGUUCCGAGGCGCCCGUGCGCGGUCGGCACCGUCUCCUCCGCACCUGCUCCCUCCCCGCCCGCCCCCGCCGCCGUUGCCGAGAGACUGAACGCGGCCGCCGCCGGGCGGGCCCCGCCGCCCCGAUCCAUCGCGGGGAGGGCGGCGUGCGAGGCUGGCACAGCACCGCAACGCCCGCACACCCGCGGGGGCCGCUCCCGACCGCGCCAUGAAGGGAGAUGCUGGCGGAGGUUUCAUGAUUAUAGAUAAGAGAAGUUAACUUCAGGAUGCUAAAAAGGAAACAGAGUUCAAGGGUGGAAGCCCAGCCAGUUACAGAUUUUGGUCCUGAUGAAUCUUUGUCAGACAAUGCAGAUAUUCUAUGGAUUAACAAACCAUGGGUGCACUCUUUACUACGAAUUUGUGCCAUCAUCAGUGUUAUUUCUGUGUGUAUGAACACUCCAAAAACCUUCGAGCAUUAUCCGCCUCUCCAGUAUGUGACAUUUGCUCUUGAUACUCUGUUGAUGUUUCUUUACACUGCAGAGAUGAUAGCAAAAAUGCAUAUCCGUGGGAUAGUUAAGGGUGAUAGCUCCUAUGUAAAGGAUCGUUGGUGUGUGUUUGAUGGAUUCAUGGUCUUUUGUCUUUGGGUGUCACUGGUUUUACAGGUGUUUGAAAUAGCUGAAAUAGUUGACCAAAUGUCACCUUGGGGCAUGUUACGGAUUCCACGACCACUCAUUAUGAUUCGAGCAUUCCGAAUAUAUUUUCGUUUUGAGCUGCCAAGAACUAGGAUAACAAAUAUCUUGAAGCGUUCUGGAGAGCAAAUAUGGAGCGUUUCAAUUUUCCUUCUGUUCUUUCUUCUCCUGUAUGGGAUCCUGGGUGUGCAGAUGUUUGGAACUUUUACAUACCAUUGUGUGACUGACGACACACAGCCAGGAAAUGUAACCUGGAAUAAUUUAGCUAUCCCAGACACCCACUGUUCCAGAGAGCUAGAAGAAGGUUACCAGUGCCCACCUGGAUUUAAAUGCAUGGACCUUGAAGAUCUGGGACUUAGCAGGCAAGAGCUGGGCUACAGUGGCUUUAAUGAGAUAGGCACAAGCAUAUUUACUGUUUACGAAGCUGCUUCUCAGGAAGGCUGGGUGUUCCUUAUGUACCGAGCAAUUGACAGUUUUCCCCGAUGGCGUUCAUAUUUCUAUUUCAUCACCUUAAUUUUCUUUCUGGCCUGGCUUGUUAAGAAUGUUUUUAUUGCAGUCAUCAUUGAAACGUUUGCAGAAAUUAGAGUGCAGUUCCAGCAGAUGUGGGGGUCCAGGAGCAGUACUACUUCAACUGCCACCACCCAGAUGUUUCAUGAAGAUGCUGCCGGAGGUUGGCAGCUUGUGGCUGUUGAUGUGAAUAAACCCCAAGGCAGAGCUCCUGCAUGUCUACAGAAAAUGAUGAGGUCAUCUGUGUUUCAUAUGUUCAUACUAAGCAUGGUUGCUGUCGAUGUGAUUGUUGCUGCUAGCAACUACUAUAAAGGAGAAAAUUUCAAGAGACAAUAUGAUGAAUUUUACCUUGCUGAGGUUGCUUUUACAGUUCUAUUUGAUUUAGAAGCUCUUCUGAAGAUCUGGUGUUUGGGCUUCACAGGAUACAUCAGCUCAUCUCUCCACAAGUUUGAGUUGCUGCUUGUAAUUGGAACCACUCUCCAUAUUUAUCCAGACCUCUAUCACUCUCAAUUUACAUAUUUUCAGGUUCUUAGAGUAGUUCGUCUUAUAAAGAUUUCUCCUGCUUUGGAGGAUUUUGUGUAUAAGAUCUUUGGACCAGGAAAAAAACUUGGAAGUUUGGUAGUAUUUACUGCCAGCCUUUUAAUUGUAAUGUCAGCAAUCAGUUUACAGAUGUUUUGCUUUGUGGAAGAACUGGAUAGAUUUACAACCUUUCCAAGGGCAUUCAUGUCAAUGUUUCAGAUUCUCACACAGGAGGGAUGGGUGGAUGUUAUGGAUCAGACACUGAAUGCUGUAGGACAUAUGUGGGCACCAGUAGUUGCUAUUUAUUUUAUACUAUAUCAUCUUUUUGCUACUCUGAUUCUACUCAGCUUGUUUGUUGCUGUUAUUUUGGACAACUUGGAACUUGAUGAAGAUCUAAAGAAGCUUAAACAACUAAAGCAAAGUGAAGCUAAUGCAGAUACCAAGGAGAAGCUUCCCUUGCGUCUACGCAUCUUUGAAAAAUUUCCAAACAGGCCACAAAUGGUGAAAAUCUCAAAGCUUCCUUCAGAUUUCACAGUUCCAAAAAUAAGGGAAAGUUUUAUGAAGCAGUUUAUUGAUCGCCAGCAACAAGAUACCAGCUGUUUGCUGCGAAGACUUCCUUCAGCAUCUUCUUCUUCAUGUGACCACUCUAAAAGAUCAGCAAUUGAAGAAAACAGAUAUAUUGAUCAAAAGCUCCGUAAAUCUGUUUUCAGCAUCAGAGCAAGAAACCUUCUGGAAAAAGAGACAGCAAUCAAUAAAAUUCUAAGGGCCUGCACCAGACAACGCAUGCUGAGCGGAUCAUUUGAGGGGCAGCCAGCAAAGGAAAGGUCAAUACUGAGUGUCCAGCAUCAUAUACGACAAGAACGCAGGUCACUGAGACAUGGUUCGAACAGCCAGCGAAUCAGCAGAGGAAAAUCUCUUGAAACAUUGACUCAAGAUCACUCCAACACAGUGAGAUACAGAAAUGCACAGAGAGAAGACAGUGAGAUAAAGAUGAUCCAAGAAAAAAAGGAACAAGCUGAAAUGAAAAGGAAAGUCCAGGAGGAGGAGCUGCGAGAGAAUCACCCGUAUUUCGAUAAACCUCUGUUCAUAGUUGGCCGUGAGCACAGAUUCAGGAACUUCUGCCGAGUGGUGGUACGGGCUCGCUUUAAUGCUUCUAAAACAGAUCCUGUUACUGGAGCUGUGAAAAAUACCAAAUACCAUCAGCUUUAUGACUUGCUGGGUUUGGUUACUUACCUGGACUGGGUCAUGAUCAUUGUUACAAUAUGCUCCUGCAUUUCCAUGAUGUUCGAAUCCCCUUUUAGAAGAGUUAUGCAUGCUCCAACACUCCAGAUUGCUGAAUAUGUUUUUGUAAUAUUCAUGAGCAUUGAGCUUAAUCUGAAGAUUAUGGCAGAUGGCUUGUUCUUUACACCAACAGCUGUCAUUAGGGACUUUGGAGGAGUUAUGGACAUAUUUAUAUAUCUUGUGAGUUUGAUAUUCCUGUGCUGGAUGCCUCAGAACGUCCCUGCCAAAUCUGGAGCUCAGCUCUUAAUGGUGCUCCGCUGCCUCCGACCUCUUCGAAUUUUCAAACUGGUCCCUCAGAUGAGAAAAGUGGUGAGAGAGCUGUUUAGUGGCUUCAAGGAAAUUUUUUUGGUUUCUAUUCUUUUGCUGACAUUAAUGCUUGUUUUUGCAAGCUUUGGAGUGCAACUGUUUGCUGGAAAACUGGCUAAAUGCAAUGACCCUCACAUCAUCUCUAGGGAGGAUUGUCAUGGCAUCUUCAGAAUAAAUGUAAGUGUUUCCAAAAAUCUCAAUUUAAAGUUAAGACCUGGAGAGAAAAAGCCUGGAUUUUGGGUGCCACGAGUCUGGGCAAAUCCUCGGAAUUUUAAUUUUGACAAUGUGGGCAAUGCAAUGCUGGCGCUAUUUGAAGUGCUAUCAUUAAAAGGCUGGGUGGAAGUCAGAGAUGUUAUUAUUCACCGUGUUGGGCCGAUCCAUGGAAUCUACAUCCAUGUUUUUGUAUUCCUUGGCUGCAUGAUUGGACUGACCCUUUUUGUUGGAGUUGUCAUCGCUAAUUUUAAUGAAAACAAGGGGACAGCUUUACUGACUGUAGAUCAGAGACGAUGGGAAGAUCUGAAAAGCAGACUGAAGAUAGCACAACCUCUUCAUCUCCCACCUCGUCCGGAUAAUGAUGGCUUUAGAGCAAAGAUGUAUGAUAUAACUCAGCAUCCAUUUUUUAAGAGAACUAUUGCCGUACUUGUCCUGGCUCAGUCUGUGUUGUUAUCAGUUAAGUGGGAUGCUGCAGAUCCAGUAACUGUGCCUUUAGCAACAAUGUCUGUUGUUUUCACCUUCAUUUUUGUCCUUGAGGUCACAAUGAAGAUUAUUGCCAUGUCACCUUCUGGCUUCUGGCAAAGCAGGAGAAAUCGAUAUGAUCUCUUGGUGACAUCUCUUGGAGUUAUAUGGGUCAUACUUCACUUUGCCUUACUGAAUGCAUACACAUACAUGAUGGGGGCAUGUGUAAUUGUCUUCAGGUUUUUCUCCAUUUGUGGAAAGCAUGUAACACUGAAAAUGCUUCUCCUGACUGUGGUUGUCAGCAUGUACAAGAGUUUCUUCAUCAUAGUGGGCAUGUUCCUACUGCUUCUUUGUUAUGCUUUUGCUGGAGUGGUGUUAUUUGGUACAGUGAAAUAUGGAGAGAACAUUAACAGACAUGCAAAUUUUUCAUCAGCUGGCAAAGCUAUUACUGUACUCUUCAGAAUAGUUACUGGAGAAGACUGGAACAAAAUUAUGCAUGACUGCAUGGUUCAGCCUCCAUUUUGUACACCAGAUAACAGCACCUACUGGAAAACAGACUGUGGAAAUUAUGCUGGUGCUCUCAUGUAUUUCUGUUCUUUCUAUGUCAUCAUUGCAUAUAUCAUGCUAAAUUUGCUUGUUGCUAUCAUUGUGGAGAAUUUCUCAUUGUUUUACUCAACUGAAGAAGAUCAGCUUUUAAGUUAUAAUGACCUAAGGCAUUUUCAAAUAAUAUGGAACAUGGUUGAUGACAAAAGAGAGGGUGUAAUCCCUACCUUCCGAGUGAAAUUCCUGCUGAGGCUUCUGCGAGGCAGGCUGGAGGUGGAUCUCGACAAGGACAAGCUGCUGUUCAAGCACAUGUGCUAUGAAAUGGAGCGGCUCCACAACGGUGGCGAUGUCACUUUUCAUGACGUGCUCAGCAUGCUUUCAUAUAGGUCUGUUGAUAUCAGAAAAAGUCUUCAACUGGAAGAGCUGCUUGCCAGGGAGCAACUGGAAUAUACCAUAGAAGAGGAGGUGGCCAAACAGACCAUCCGAAUGUGGCUGAAAAAGUGCUUAAAGCGAAUCAGAGCAAAACAGCAGCAGUCGUGCAGCAUUAUCCACAGCCUGCGAGAGAGCCAACAGCAGGAGCUGAGCCGGUUUCUGAAUCCUCCCAGCAUUGAGACAACACAGCCAAGUGAAGAUAUGAAUGCUCUUAAUCAAGAUAACAGUGCACAGCCAGAGACAAGUAGCCAGCAGCAGCUCCUUAGCCCGACACUUUCUGACAGAGGUGGCUAUAGACAAGACACUGGAGAUGCUGGGAAACCUCAGCGGAAAUUUGGACAAUGGCGCUUGCCAUCAGCCCCCAAACCAAUAAGCCAUUCAGUGUCUUCAGUCAACCUCCGUUUUGGUGGACGUGCAACUAUGAAAUCUGUUGCAUGCAAAAUGAAUCCCAUGUCUGAUGCUGCUUCCUGUGGAUCAGAAGUCAAGAAAUGGUGGACAAGACAAUUAACUGUGGAGAGUGAUGAGAGUGGAGAGGACCUUCUUGAUAUCUGAGAAGCAUUUAAGUCAUUUCAGUCACAAUCUAAUUUUCUAUGCUUAAAGAUGCUGUGAUGUAUGAUUUCUUUAAAAUCAAUGUCAUAAAUUUUCUCUUACGUGUAUCCUCCUGCCACAUGAAGUGUAGCACACACUUCUGUGUUAGAAUUGACUUCCGUAGGUACUAACUGUACUCUAAGAAACUUGUAUACUAUAGCAGUACUAACAAAGCCAGAAAGACUAUAAUGCCCUUAGCAGACAGAGCAUUGAAAGGUGUCAUGUGUUCUGUAAAAUCAUAGUGAAAAUUUGAUAUACACACUUCUGUGUUUUUCUUCAACCUUUACCAUACAGGGGUAAUGUAUUUCUUCUCAUUGUGUUUUCCUUACUUAGUAAUAUUUCUUUAGAAAAAUUUUAUUAUUCACAAAUGACCUGAAGAGGUCAGCACUGACUUCAUGUUCAAGGGAAGUAUUUUUACUAAGUACAGAUACUGAAUCACAAUUCUAAGCUUUCACUGGACCUUUUUUAAAAUAUGCAAGAUACGGGAUUACUUAUUUUAAAAUUAGAAGGUGAAGAAUCGGCUUUUAAAAUGUAAAUAUCUUUGAGGUUUGGUUAAUUAUGCAAAGAGCUUGAUUUUCAUAGAGAAAAUAGGGUGGGGGAAAGGAAAAAAAUACAUGAAAAACUGUGCAUUUAAGCAUCCAGCAGAAGAUUUUCACAUGAAAAACAUGUGUUUAUGCUUCAUUUUCAGCAUAUACUGGUUACAUAUAUGUGUAGUGUCAUUAUUCUUCUUUUAAUUGGGUCCCAUUUUUCUUGUGUACUCCUAAGAUUUUCUUAUUGUCUGUGAUAAAAAUUAGCAUGUUGGGGAUUCUAAUUACAAAGUAGUAUUGUAUGUCUUUAAAAAUUCAGUUUUGACUGCAUAGGUAGAAUUUUACUUACCCAUGUUACUGCUCAUGCUACAGGCCUGCAGAGGUGAGGCAUGGCACUGUGCUGUGGCUGAGUAGCUUUGUCCCUUUUAUCCCAGCACAUCAUGUUUGACAUGUUGGCCUUCACUUGUUUUACGAGGCACCAGUAGCGCUACAUUGUCACCAGUGAAAAGCAGCCAUUGCUUUCAUAAAAGCUUUUCCAGUGAAAGGCCAAUGCUAUAUGGAUAUGGAGGUGGAGAAGGAGAGCCACAAAACACAACCAUGUUUGCUAGUUCCCAAAUCUAAGGCUGUCAAAAAAUGUGGGGUAAAAUUGUGCCCUUCCCUCAGGGAAGAACUAAGAGGUUGCAGAUUUUGUUGCUUGGGCCCUGACUAGGUUUUAUAGCAGAGCUGGGACCUUUCUGUUACCAUUGUUUCCUAUGGAAAUGAUAGUUUGCUCUAACGUGGCCUGAUGUGAGAUCUUGUAAGAGGCUCACGGUUUAUUUACAUCACCACUUCAAAAAUAUAUCCUUUCAAAAGCAGACAAAAGCCAGUGUUUUGCAAUUUUUUCUGGCCAAGAUAUUAAUCUAAAAUGGCCAGAAUACAACAGUGAAAACACACAGAUGCCUUCACCAAAAAUGCAAAAUUAGUUUUGACUAUGAAAUACAGCUUUCUUGGCAUCUGUCAAUGUUUUUUCCCAUUGUAUGGUUGAACAUUGUUUAGAUUUUUUUUCUAAAAUAAUGAUAUUGAACUUAUCUGUAUUUUGUGGGGGGUUUAUGUGUUUUGGGGUAUAUUUAAGUUUAAAUCUAGUCAACUGUAACUCUAUAGUAAAAGAAUAUGUGCAUUCUCUUGUUUACUAGAUCAUGAACCAACAAAACUUCAUAUGCAAAUCCAUUACUCUGUUCUGUUUUGUGCUUGUUUAAGUUGAGCUUUUGUAUCUAUAACAAAAAGACAAAUAUUGGAUUUAUAAAAGAGAGUAUCUUUGACAGUUCAAUGAUACAUUGAACUGCAGAUCAUUCUUGCUGCAAGCCUUCUUUUUAAAAAAUCUGGCAAACAUUUUUUCCUUGCCUUACAGUA